GUCCUGCGAUUGGCCACAGCUAUUGACGCAGGCAGCAGUGUCCCGUUUCCAUUGGCCUGGGCGAGUGUCAGUAAAGGUCACGACGACGACGACCGGCCAAUCAGGACUCUAGUUCCGCCCGUGAGUUGAUGACGCACUAGAUCACGUGAUGUUUGUGCCCUGGCCCGCAGAUUUGUGUACACCAGGCGACGGCGGCGGGGUUGCUAAGCGCUAACCGAGCCGCGGCUAACUAACACGGCCACCAUCAUGCCGCACACGGUAGGCUUAACUCUAUUGAAAACGAAGCCUCAUUGAAAUACAGCUAAAGUGUGCUAAAAAAGAAAAAAAGAUAGAAACCUUCCGUGCCGGUCAGCGGCAGCUUGGCCUAGCCGGACUCGGGGAGCUCGUCGUCCUGAUGCGAGAAUGGGGUCGUGGUCCACUUGGAUUAGCUGACUCGUGAAGUGACCUUUGAUUUCACUCGGAUGGCAAAUUUUGCAAAUUACCAGGACGGCAAGGCAGCGAUGUUGAUACUGGAGCCGCAGCAGAGGGACGUGGGCUCCAAGCCCGCCAUCGGGGGGGAACCCCCUUCCCCGGUAAUUAACGUCGGAGGAGGAGGCGGCUCUCGUUCCCAUCAGUUGCCGCCCUCCAGCCACCUCCAUCAACAUCACUAUCAUCAUCAUCAUCUGGCCGCGGAGGCUCCUGGCAGGAAGUCGUCCCCCAGCCAGCUCCACAUUGCCGAUGAGCCCGCCGCUCCCUCCUCCUCUGCUGCCAGCACCGCUGCCAACAUCCCUUCAGACGCGGUGGACGACAUUCGCAAAUGCGGGUACCUGCGCAAGCAGAAGCACGGGCACAAGCGUUUUUUUGUGCUGCGGGCCGCCAGCCGCCUGGGCCCCAGCCGCCUGGAAUACUACGAUAGCGAGAAGAAAUUCCGGAGCAGCUUGCGCUCGGCGGCCACGGCCGCCAGCAAUGGGGCCGCGGGACCUUCCUCGCCGAAGAGGGUCAUUUACCUCUACCAGUGCUUCACUGUCAACAAGAGGGCCGACUCCAAAAACAAACACCUCAUUGCUCUUUACACAAAGGAUGAAUACUUUGCCAUUGUGGCUGAGAACGAGCAGGAGCAGGAGGACUGGUAUGUUGCUGUCAGCGGGUUGAUGAGCGAGGGCAAGAAAGGACAUUUGGAUGCGGACGAUUUGGAUGACGGCUAUGGUACGGUCACGCCUGGUACUGUUUUUAAGGAGGUGUGGCAGGUGAACGUCAAACCCAAAGGACUUGGUCAGACCAAAAACCUCACAGGUGUUUACCGCCUAUGCCUCUCAUCCAAAACCCUUCACUUGGUCAAGUUGAACUCUGAAACCCCGUGCGUUAACCUCCAGCUGAUGAACAUUAGGCGCUGUGGACACUCUGAAAGUUUCUUUUUCAUCGAGGUGGGUCGUUCCUCCUCGAUUGGGCCAGGGGAGAUAUGGAUGCAGGUGGAUGACUCAGUCGUGGCCCAGAAUAUGCACGAGACCAUCCUGGAAACUAUGAAAGCCCUCAAAGCAUUUGCAGAGUUCCGGCCCAGGAGUAAAAGCCAGUCAUCAGGCUCUAACCCAAUGCCGUUCAUCACCACGCGCCGUCACCUGGGCAACCUGCCGCCAAGCCAGACAGGGCUGCAGCGGCGGUCCCGAACGGAGUCAGUUGUGGGCACACCACCAUCGAGUAAGAGCUCCGGCUCUAGCGGUUACCGGUUCCGCACGUCCAGCGAGGGGGAGGGGACAAUGAACCGUCCGUUUCACUCCGCCACUGGAAGUUUGGUUCACCUUCACUCUGUGCGGGCUCAGCACUGCCGUGCGGAGGGGUAUGGCGCUGGUACCAGUAGUGCUGCAACAGGAAACGCAGGAACCUGCACCGGAGGAGGCCGCUAUGUUCGGGCCAUCCCAGGGUCAUCGUCAUCCAUCUACCACGCCCGUUCCGCCUCCCUUCCAGUCUCCCACUUCCCCUCCACCACCAGCCCUGUGAGCGUGUCCUCCAGCAGCGGCCAUGGUUCUGUCUCGGAUACCCUCACCCGUCCAUCUAGCGCUUCGAUAUGUGGUUCGCCAUCUGAUGGUGGCUUUAACUCCUCUGAUGAGUAUGGAUCCAGCCCUGGUGAUUUCAGAUACUUUCGCGUGCGGAGCAACACACCUGACUCCCUUGGGAACACCCCACCAAUUAGAGAGGAGAAUUGUUUAAACGACUACAUGGCAAUGAGUUGGAACCGGGAGGUGUUUGGCACCAGUGGCGGCUCUGGAAACACCAGCGGGGCUGAGACGCCCCGAGAGGAGAGUAUGUCAACAGAGGAUGAGCGCUUGUCUUCUCUGAGGAGGAGGACUCAUUCUUUCUCCAGAACUGUUGGGGGGGCCACUGGUGGCCCAGGAGUGGCUGUCUACCAAAAAAUGACCCAAACCAAUUUUUCUUUGGAAGAAGGGGCUGAUGUUGCGUUUGGCGGGGGCCUGCUCCGUGGCGGGCCUUCGUCCUCCACUUCCUCGCUGCGCUCUGACUACAGCUCUUGCUCCGAGCACAGCCAGCAGAGCCGUCCCUCGACGCAGUCUCAACCAGAGCCUGCCGGGGAACACCCCAAGGAAGACAGCGGUUACAUGCCCAUGAUGUGCGGUGUGGCUGCGUCCCCGAGGGACACAUACCCUGACUACAUACCCAUGCAGCCCGGCUCCCAUCCCAUCUUCCACUCCCCCCAGCUUCAUAGCCCUGCUUUGUUUCCUCGCUCAGCCCAGCGCCACUCACAGACCUCCACCGAUGCCCACGGCUACAUGAUGAUGUUGCCAGGAGGCAAUAGCAGCGCCCCCUCCCCAGUGCAGACCUCUAGCACAGUAGGUGCAAGCAGGAGUGGCAACAUAGCAGACAGACCUGAGAAUGGAGAGUACAUGGACAUGUCAUUUAGCAACAGUGAGGGCCGCAAACCGGAAGGCAACAGCGCGUGCAACGCCCCUGAGGGCACUUACAAGUCCUACAGCCCUUAUUUUUCCCUCCCUCGGUCCUACAAGGCCCCCAAUAGAGAGAGGGAUGCAAAGGAGUAUGGUGACUAUGUUCCCAUGACUACUCCAGCAAAACCUGUCUAUUCAACAGUUGCCACAGAUUCCAUAUCCACACCUGAGAGAAGAGCAGGCGGGGGCGGUACCAACUCCACGCCCUCUCACCCACCUCCACCUUACGGAGCUCACCACACGACCGCCACAAUGGCAGAUCGGCGUGUCAGACCCAACCGGCUCCCCCUAGGCAGGAGAUGUUUCCCCGGACCAUUGCGUGCAGGCGAGCAAUCAUCCGCAGGCACCGCUACCUCGGCCGCCGCCUUACCUGACAGGCCACCCAGUCCAGGAGAGUACAUCAACAUCGAUUUUGCUGAUCACUACCCCCACCAGCAACAGCCCCCCGCCUACCAUCUUGACACCCAUCAUGAUGGCGCUCUACUGGCCUCCAGUGACCACCGUAGCUCCCCUACACUCCCCCAAGGCCAGGACUAUAUGAGCAUGGAGGUCGGGCUACACCCUCACAGCAGUGAUGGCAGUAUGGGUAAGAGCCAGUCACCCAGACCCAGCCUCGUGGCCCCUUGGAACCCACCCAGCUAUAUCCGACCCCAGACUAACAAUCCAGCCACACUAGCCUCCCCAGGGGUCCCUGCUGGAAGUCACUGGAGGUCAUCGGGCGACGACUACACCGACAUGACUUUCAGCACGGCUGAAAGGACUCAGAUGAGCCCUACCGCUAUGCUUCAGCAUCUCUGUGUGAUAGAGGGACACUACCCCUCUCCCACCCUUCCCCCCAUGAACUUCGGGAGGUCACAGCCGCACCAGCAGGAGCCAAAGGUCAUCCGGGCCGACCCUCAAGGCCGGAGGAGACACAGUUCUGAAACAUUUUCCUCCACUUCUUCCUCUAAUUCAACGCCCUCUGGUGGGGCACCUUUUGCUGCCUGUCCAAUGCUGGCUGACUCUGCGACCGAGAAUGGAUCAUGUACUGCACAGGGCCAAGCUUCCAGGUGGACCAGCUCCGCAUCUUUUGACAGCAUGUGGAUGUCUGUAGAGGGUCUCGGGGACGUGCCAGCAGACCGAGCCCAGGCUCGGGCAUCAGACUUGGACACAGCAUCCAGCACCUCCUCUUCCGCUGGCGGAAUGUACAGAAACAACACGUCUGCGGGAUACCAGAACGGCCUCAACUACAUCGCCUUGGAGCUGAGGGAUGACGGGAGAGACGCAGAUGUCGCCAGGUCAGCAGGCUCAGGCGAGGGCCUGAUGCCACCGGAGAAUGGGGCCUAUGCCAGCAUAGACUUCACCAAGUCGGAUGGCAUCUCUUCGAAGACCAAGGACUGAGCGCCACCUUCCACCCGCUUGACAACUUCCACCAUGUGAUCUUCAUCGCCAUCCACCCACUCGCAGAUGACCUCUGACCUUCACAUCAACUAAAACAAGAGACAAAACAGACAGAAAAAGCGUGCAGUUGUUUUUUUGUUGUUGUUUUUUUUAAACACUCAUUUAUUUUUCUUGUGUUUUAUAUGCAAAAUCUUAACUUUUUUUUUUUAUAUUGAAAACAAAUGAUCUUCAUUCUGGGGGAAGUGCUGCUGCCCUGCCUGGUGAGCCAACGUAUUAGGAGGCAGUUCCACUUCUUCAUGCGGUGUUAAAAAGGGAGGCGUUACGGUACAGUAUUUUUACGUUUGCACCUAAAAUAUUCAUUUUUAUUUUAGUCUUUUGUUGUUUUUCUACCCCUUCUGUCUCCGCUAUGGUACUUCAGUUAUUACUUUGUGGAGAAAGUUGUUGUAAAGAAUGCUUGUCUAACUGUAUAUGCAUAUAUACAGUGUGUGUAUGUAUGUAUAUAUAUAUAUAUAUAUAUAUAUAUAUAUAUAUAUAUAUAUAUAUAUUAUACUGUACAGGCCAAACAUUUGGACACACCUCAUUCAAUGCGUUUACUUUAUUUUCAUGACUAUUUACAUUGUAGAUUGUCCCUGAAAGCAUCACAGCUAUGACUGAACACACGUGGAGUUAUGUACAUUACAAAAAAAAGGUGAAAUAAUUAAAAACAUGUUUUAUAUUCUAGUUUCUUCAAAAUAGCCACCCUUUGCCCUGAAUUCUGCUUUGCACACUAUUGGCAUUUUCUCAAUGAGUUUCAAGAGGUAGUCACCUGAAAUGGUUUUCACUUCACAGGUGUGCUUGAAGCUCAUGAAGAGAAUGCCAAGAGUGUGCACAGCAGUAAUCAGAGCAAAUGGUGGCUAUUUUGAAGAAACUAGAAUACAAAACAUGUUUUCAGUUAUUUCACCUGUUUUUUAGUUAAUUACAUAACUCCACAUGUGUUGUGUUCAUAAUUGUGAUGCCUUCAGUGACAAAUAAAAAUAAAGAAAACACAUUGAAUUUGGUGUGUCCAAAUGUUGGCCUGUACUGUGUGUGUGUGUGUAUAUAUAUAUACACACACACACACAUACACAGUAUGUAUAUGUAUAUAUAUAUAUAUAUAUAUGUAUAUGUAUAUAUAUAUAUAUAUAUAUAUAUAUGUAUAUAUAUAUAUAUAUAUAUAUACACACACACACACACAAAAUGUGAGUUCUCCCAACAUUUUUAUUUUUUAAUCAGAUUAAUCACACUCUUGGUUAAUCGCUAUUAUUCACACACUAAAUGACUUGCUUGCAUUAUUUAAUAUUAACUUAAAAAACUUUUGACACAAAUGCAAUUUUAUUAACAGAAUGUCAACCAGUAAGGUUUGAUUCAAUGUUUACUUGAAUGCACACCGUAUUAUUUGCUCAAAACGUUUGUCUAAAGUCCAGUGGACGUGUAUUUCGGAGUGAAAUUCCACUUCUCUCCGAACUGACGUGUGCAUGGACCUCAUCACUGAUCGUGUUAUGAGCCACACCACCGUUCCGGUCAGCGUCCACGGUUAAUGUCAAGGAGCGGGUAGAGUCAAAUAGUGUGAUUAAUCUGCCUUUAUACAUGAUUAAUGCAAUCAUUGUUUGUGAUUAUUCAUAUGCUUUAACUUUGACAGCCCUUGUAUGUACGUAUGUGUGUCUACACAUACGUACACAUAACCAUAUAUAUCAUUUUAUUUUUUAUUCUCUCGGACGUGCACUCUUGAUUUGGUACGUAUGUUCACGUAUUAUAUAUUUAUUUAAGGUUUGAAAAGUUCCGGUACAUUUCUUUCAUGAGUUGACGCUAACCCUACGCCAGGCUAAAUUAAAUGACUGAACCUAGUCUUUUCUAAGUUGAUCUUUUUUCCCAUUUCACCUCACACGACGUACGGUACAGUCUAGGCGGCAACGCAACAGUUCCAUCGACGUGCCACAAAGACACAUGUCGGGGUCUUGUGGUGCCCCCGUUUCGGGGGUAUUUAGCGCAGCUAAUGACGCAUGCACAUGCCAGGGUGUUAGUCAGCACCUCCGAGUGACGUAAAGAGGUUUCCAGUAACCCGAGUUGCAGCUGCAGGUGGACAUACUUGUCCUCUGGCAGGCACACACACACAUUCUUGUAUUUGUUACCUUAUUGAGAUCUCGGAAAAAUUCCUACCUCUUUAGGACCACCCUUUCCAGAUAUAUAAAGAUGUGGAUUUACAACAUUAUUAAUAUAUACAUACUGUGCAAGUAUCGAAAAGGUAAGCUUUUAGUUAAUUUAAUUUUUUUGUCUUUGGUUUUUAAUCAUUAUUUACUUUGUUUUUACAGUAAGUCUCUGUUCCCAAUUUUCUUUUUUGUUAAUUUUGGCCAAAGGAGGCGCAUUUCAAUUUUUUACACACACUUGUUAUUUCAUAUGUUGAUCAGACUGACAGUCCAUUUGAAAAAUCCCUACUCCCACCCUAUUGUUGCUAGAUUUCAACAGUAGGGAUGCAAAUGAGACAUUCUCUAUUAGAUGCAAUGGUUUUUCCGUAUCGGGACCAUGAUUUGGGUCCUAACUUGUUCACCGGUCCUCAUAUGAAAGGUACUUUUCCUUGUUAGUGUAUCAAGAAGGGUAGAAAUACAAGAACCUACACCCAGAUCAAACGCAGCGGGAGGCAAAACACACGGCCUUUUCAUUCUCACAUGUUGGCGCACAAUCCAGUCCGUGUUUAACAUUUUCUGACCGACCAGUCUAUCCCUCGGGGAUCAUUCGAUUUAAUUUUGUGGCUCUCAGUAUUUUACCGCGUGCGCGCCCGCGUGUGUGUGAGGACACAUUUUGCCUAACAAUCCUUUUGACAAACAGUCCCGAAAUUAUCAAUCUUACUUCCUGUGUUAUCCUUUAUGAUGCAAUGUUGUCUUUUUCGUAAGCAUGCCCACUUUACUUUAUUGACUUCUUUUCAACAUGGCGUCCAAAGAAUUUCAAACUAGCUCCGAUUUAUGUUUGGUUUCGCAACCUUCCACCUCACAGGUUGUGCUGAUGUUAAAAAUCAUGCGUAAAGGUAAAAAAAAAAAAGUGUUACGUUAUUUAGGCAGAGAGUACUCCCUUAUGCAAGCAGCGCGUUGCCCCCCCCCCUUCCCCCGACGCGCUCUUUUUUUUUGUUGUUUGAAGCAAUUCAAGCAUAGUGGGUUUUUUUAGGCGUUUUUGCAGUUAUUUGUAUGAAGAAGAUUCAUGUUUAUUUUUUUAAACUAUAUUACAGUUCCUUUGCUGCUGUGUAGUACUGUUCAAGUUGCCGUCAGUGGUAACCGCGGCGACGGAGAGGGCCUCCCAUCAGGCCAGCUGUCUUCUCCCACUUGAAUGCUGUUCAUUGCUGUAGCUUCACAGGCUAGAUUUCAGUAGUGUGGAGGUGUCCUUCCUUGGUGUGCGCGUUAUUCUGCAGCGGCGUUGGUCCUCGUUUUUUUGAGGGGAAAACAGGAAAACGCAUGAAUCCUCCUGUAAAUAGGAAAAAAAGUUGUGGCUUUUUUUUUUUCUUUUUUUUUCAUUUUAUAAUUCUCCUAGUUUUAAUUUUCUUCGCUUCCUUACAGGGAGAAUGCGGUGUUGACAGGAGAUCUCGGAAGCCAUUUGAGCAUCGGCAUAGUGUUUAUAUUUAUCAAAACUGUGCUUUCGAUAGAGCUAUUGCAAUAAAAAGUGUUCAUGUAA